AUGUCUGCGAUUGGGUCCUUGAUCUUCUGUAAUGACUGUGGAAAUUUAUUAGAUGAGUCGUCUGGUGACCCUACAAAACUCAUUGUCUGCAGUAUCUGCGGAGCUCGUAAUCGAGACAUUGUCCCUAAAACUAUUGUCUCUGAAUCCAAAGCGAGUGCAUUCCCUUCGACACUGAGGGCAAAAAGAUCUGCAGUCCAGAACUUGACAGCUGCAGAUAAAAGGACAGAAGCUCUUACACAACAUACUUGUGCGAGAUGUGGUAGGAAAGAGAUGUAUUUCACAACUGUGCAAUUGCGCAGUGCAGACGAAGGAAGCACGGUCUUUUACACUUGCGUUUGCGGUUACAAGGAGACACAAAACAACUAA